CUUUAUCGUUCCUGUUUUCUUUUCCGGGUUUCCCUGUUUUAUAAAGAUCCAGAGUAUUGAUUUGAUUGUUCGUUUGCUGAGUCACGCCUUUGGACAGAAUGCCACGCCAUCCCGGAACUGCGCAGUGAGUGACUCACCUAUGUGCUCCUCCACCCAGUCAGUCAGCUGAGGACAGGAAGGUCAGGAAACAGUCGUGUCAGGAAGCUAUCUUGGUGGGUUGUCUGUCUGGAAUACGGCUGUGCUGCAGUAAUACAAGCUUAAACAUCAACAUCAACUGAACAUCCAGACUAUCAAUCCUUCUCACCAUGUUCAACCCACCUGCUCCAGACCACCAUGAAGAGGCCUAUGUCUCUCUGAUGGGAGGCUUAAGAGAGGUGGACCUCUCUGGGGCCUCUGUUCCCUGUGACCUGGUGCUGAUUGGAGACCAUGCUUUUCCUUUAGCAAUGAACCAGCAAGGCCAGGUCCUGGUCGCUGCCUCUUUGUAUGGCAAAGGAAGAAUUGUGGUCUUUGGUCAUGAGGGCUACCUGACCCAAUGUUCCGAAUUGGUGGAGAAAGCUCUGGUCUGGCUAAGAGGUGAUGGAUCUUGCAACCAGUCUGUGGGGGUCCACAAAUCUGUCAAAGGGGUCGCUGAUAAUCUCAGCAAAUCCAGCUUCCAAGCCACAGUUGUGGGUGCCUUUGAUAAAAGCCAAGAGGCUGGUGUGUAUGUGACCAGUGCCUACACUGUGGCUGAAGAGGCGAAGGACGUGGUGGCAUUUAUGAAAGCUGGAGGAGGAGUGCUGAUGGGAGGGCAGUCGUGGCAUUGGUCUUCAUGUAACCCAAAGGUCAACACACUGCUUCAGUUUCCAGGGAAUAAGGUGUCUGGUGUGGCAGGGAUCUACUUCUCUGAGCAUCAUGGUGUGGCAGAGUGCAUACCUGUCCACCCACGGAUCCCAUCCUCCUGGAUGUCUGUAGUUAUUGGUAAGGACUUUCAGGAUGACCUGGAGUUCUUACUUGACGGGGUUUCAGAGUUUGAUCUGCAGGGUGGCUCCUUGGCUUCUGAAAUUCUGAUCCAUGGCCCGCUGGCCUUUCCCAUCGGGACCACCAGCGAUGGACGGGCGUUCCUGGCAGGAGCAUACUACGGGCAGGGACGUGUCAUUGUGGUAUCUCAUGAAGGAUUUAUGGGAGUAGAGAAACUGGCAAAGUUUUGGAGCAAUGCUGCUCGAUGGUUGGAUGAAGGCCGUCAGGGGGUUGUUGGUGUAAUGCCUAAUACAAAACAUUCACUCACCAACCUCAGCAAAUCGGGCUUAAAGUGUGAGGUGUCUAACUUCAAAAAAGACCUGAGCGUGUUUGUGUGUAGAUCGAACAGCGACGAUCAUGCCGGGGACAUUCAAGACUACGUGGCAGAGGGAGGAGGCUUGGUGGUGGCUGGACAUGCUUGGUACUGGUCACAGGUGAAUCGUGGGAAAAAUCCUUUGACAGAUUUUCCAGGGAACCAUGUCCUGAACAAAAUGGGUUUAACCCUGUUGGCUUCAACAAUCAAAGGAGACCUAUUCAAGGCUCCCGAUCCCAGCAAGGCCAAAGACAACUACCACUUCCGCCAAAUGCUCCGCCGCUUUGCUGGCCAUGUUACCAAGGGGGAAAAACUGAGCAAGCAAGAUGAGGGAAAUCUGAAAAAGCUGUCCGAUGACUGCUCCACCUUUUUGCACAUGAACUCUCGUGACUGCUGCUCCUACACGCAGGUCGUUUCCACCCUCACCGACGUCUUAAAGACAACGGGCUUGCCUAAUGCGUGUGAAAAAUGCCCUGUCAAGAGCGCAAAAGACCACCUGCUCCUCAGUGUGGGGGCAGAUGUGUAUAAGGCCUGCCCAAAUCCUGAUGCCCUGCUGCCCCACCUCAUCAAGGAUAAUCCCGCUCUGCCAGUUAUCUACAACCACAAGGUUAUGGUGAAUGUUGACACAGCGGGAGGGGAUGAGUGGGUCAGUACAGGUCUUUACCUGUCUCCUGGUAUGAAGACCUUCGUGUCCUUACCAGAUCAGAUUGUCAACAAGGGAUGGAAGAUCCAGAUCGGCUGUCAAACAGACAAGCUUAAGGGUGACGUCCUGAAGAGAGCACCAUGUGUUCAUGAGCGAUUUCCUGUUACCGCUGGGAUGAUGCAGGUGUGGAACCUGUGGGGGGGACUCAUCUACCUGGUGGCCCCACCCAAAACAAAAGAGAUGGGGCUAGAGGUCACAGUGCAGAUAGCUGUACCUGCACCAUACUACAAAUCUGGUGUGACAUCAGCAGCUGAUUGGUCAUUGCUGCGCACAGCUCCCGCACCCUGGGCAGAGCUGGAGUUUGCCAACAUAAUCCUCACCGUACCUUCAGAGGUAGUUCGAAAACUGGACCGCCCUGAUGAGCUGGCAGUAUUCUGGGAUGACAUCAUGAAGGGCAUCGCUGACCUGGCUGUCAUACCGCACAAAUUUCCACGCAAAGAACGCUUCGUUGCAGAGGUGCAGAUUUCCCAUGGUUGGAUGCAUGCAGGUUACCCGGUCAUGAUGCACAAGGCCACAGCAGCUGCACUGGUCAGCGUGGAAUAUGCUAAGACCAAAGGCAUCUGGGGCCCCAUUCAUGAACUAGGGCACAACCAACAGAAACGCAGCUGGGAAUUCCCAUCACACACCACGGAGUGUACCUGCAACCUGUGGUCUGUCUAUGUGCAUGAAAACGUGAUUGGAAUGAAAAAAGAAAAGGCUCAUAAUGCAAUGACUCCGGAGAACCGGAACAAACGAGCUGAGGACUAUGUCAAGGCAGGCAGGAAACUCAGCAGCUGGAGUGUGUGGACGGCCCUGGAGACAUACAUGCAGCUCCAGGAUAAGUUUGGCUGGGAUGCCUUUAAGAAGGUGUUUGGAGCCUAUCACACGAUGACCGACGUCCCGAAGGACAACCCAAAAAAGAUGAACCUGUAUGCGGAGACCUUCUCCCAGGCCGUGAAUAUGAACCUGACUGGAUUCUUUAAGGCCUGGGGCUGGCCAAUAGAACCCGAAACAGAGAAGAAGCUCGAAAAACUGCCUUCCUGGAGCGACCAUCCCAUGGUCAAGUACAACUGAGCUCAAGACUGUUGCUGCUGAGAGAAGGAGGAGAGAGAUGUAUUCAAUGACUACCAAAUUUCUAAACUUUGGGGGCAAAUUCACAAAAGAUGUAAAGCUGCCACUGAUAGCACCAUAGAUUAGACACCACUGCAACACUUAUCUGCCCCAUUCUGUGUUCUGAUUGUGAAGGAAUAUGGUGUAGUGAUAUUCUGCCGUACAGCCAGAUAAAUCUUUUAAAAUGGAAUUAAUUUAGUGAGGUAACAUUAACCCACACAGUGCUAUUCCAGCCCUAGGAAGAUGACAACCUGACAAGCUUCCCUUUCACUUUAUGUGGUUUCUGGCAUUUGUGUUCUUGAACUCAAUGUUUCCUGCAAGAUCACUCAUUUGUAUUAAAGGGCACUGGUUUUGUGCCAAAUGUACACACAUUGGAAAAUAUUUAGAAUCAGCUUCACAGAACAGAGAUACUUACGUUACCAGUGCAACUUAACCGUACAAUGACAAUAAAGAUAUCUAUCUAUCUAUACCUUUAGCAGCAAAAACAGACGUGCAAUCCUUUUGUGAAUUUCCUCCAAAGAUUUUAGAGACAAAUUCAAUUAACUGACUUUUUUCCUUUUUAUAUUGUCAUUAUAUUUAUUGCAAUAUUUUAAAAACAAGUUACUAAAAGCUCAAUGAUUGUUACAUUUUAGAACAAAUAAUAAAAAAGGCUUUUGACUUAAGUAGCUCAAUUUGAGGAUAAAUGUUAGUUUUGUUAAAUACUUUGAAACUGAAACUGAUUUUAAAAACUGUGUGAUUUGGAAAAGCAGCACUAAUGUCUCUGCUGGACCUUUAACUUGAUCCUCUCUUUUUUUGUCCCAAGCACUUUCGGCUGGAUCUGUCGUCUGUUCGAAACUGUAGUUAAUAAUGUAUACAAAACAAGUCAAAGUGUCAUGGUGUGUUCUCAGGUGUUGGGCCCAGAGCUGAGACAGAGACACAGUGGAGAUUAAAGUCAGUUUAUUCAACACAAAACAAAAGAAAAAGAAAAAGGAAAAUCUAAGAUGCUUGCGUUAAGGGCUGGCCUGGUGAAAAAACUGGUGCAGCAGCACUGAGCCACACCUACACCACACACAGGAAGGAGGGGGCAAAGGCAGAGAGGAGGGGUGAGACAACAGAAAAGAAAAAACACUGCCACAGACACAAAGUCAUUUAUAAGACAGAUAUGUUUUGUUUCGGGUCUUAACUCUAAUCUCUCUUGGUCUCUUGGUCUUCCAUUGUACCUACUUUUUUUCUCUUAACACGUCUACUGUAAGUGCUACACAAUGUAACACAAAGUCCCUCAGGCUUUAAAAUGGGUACAGCUUUUUUAUUUCACUACAAUGAUAUUUUGCUUAACUGACAACGAAAAAAAACACCAAUAAACAUUCACUGUACCACUUG